AUGAAUGACCUGUUGGAAGGAGGACAGCUGAAGCUGCUGCCACAGGCCGACCAGGACGAGGACCUGCCCAUGGGAUGUGUGGAGCCGGACAGCGAGGGGCAGCCAGGCUGGGAGGGGGCCCCAGCUGCAGCUGUGGCCCUGGAGGAGCCGUGUGGUCUGGUGCUGAGCACGCCGAGCCGCAUCCUGCGGGACAGGGAGACCAAGGAGCUGGGGCCCCACCUGCCCCCCCGGCUGCAGCAGCAGCCCUGGCGCCUGCUGUACUGCACUGCACGGGAUGGCUUCAGCCUGAGAACCCUGUACCGGCGUGCCGGCCCGCCGAGCUCCCCUGCACUGCUGCUCAUCCGAGACACCAAUGCACAGGCCUUCGGUGCGUUCUUCGCUACCACCAUUCACAUGAGCAACGACUUUUACGGCACAGGGGAAACAUUUCUCUUCUCUUUCUACCCAGAGCUGAAGGUGUUCAGGUGGACAGGCAGGAACAACUUCUUCAUGAAGGGAGAUGUGGACUUGCUGAUGGUCGGCGGGGGCAGUGGCAGGUUUGGGCUGUGGCUGGACGGGGACUUGCACCACGGGGGCAGCUACCCCUGCGAGACCUUCAACAAUGAGAGCCUCUCGCCGCGGGGGGAUUUCUGCGUUCAGGACCUGGAGGUGUGGGGCCUGGCCUGACGGACACCGGUGCUAGGGGAAGAGCCUGAACUGAUGGCUCACGGGGCCAGUCGCCUCCAGCGCCCACCAGGACAGUGCUUGGGGAAGGCCACACCUGCCUCCUGCUCCCCAGCCCUGCAAAUGGCCGCAUUGCACAUGCCCAGUGAAGGCCGAGGGGACAGACCCUUGCAGGAGGCCAGCCCCACAAUGCUGCUGCCAUGCUAGCUCUGCCUGUAGCGCCCAAGGACCUGGCCUGGCAGGGAUGGGGCAGAGCCUCCCCAAGAGGGCACGAGUCCAGAUGAAACAGCAAACUCUGAGAGCAGCGUGCUGCCAGCAGGACCAAGCAGCUGGGACAGCCUCUGCCCUGCUGGCUGCUGCCAUAGGGAUGGUGGCACCAGGGCUGGUGGGUGAGAGGGUGCUGACCAUCAAUAAAUGGGAAGAGCCAUGCUCCAAGCCUUGGCCCUGUCGUGAAGACAAGUAAUAGCACCACAAAGUUGUACAAAGAAAGCGGCACAAGCAGACAUGCAUGCACACACAUCCUGGUCGAUGGCUCAGGCAGUGGGUGCAAGCCCUCCCAUGUAUGAGACAUUCCUCCCAGUUUGGCCCCUCACAUCUGCUUUGUAAUGCCUGACAUUUGAUUUACUACUGGGGGAGAGGAGUGGCUGGGGACUAAGCUGAAGCAUCCACUAUAACAUCGUGCUUUCACAUGUCCUCAGUUUCUACCCUAAACCUGUAAUUAUGUGAAACUUGGAUCCAUUGUCCAGAUUGCCUUACUUUAACUAUACCUACCUUACUCUACACAUAUCUGCAUGGAACUUCACCAGCCAUUUCAGCCUCCCCUAGCCCAUCUGAGAUGCUCUAUGGCUGUUUACU